CCCUCCCUGUCGCCAUGACGAUGCCGCUCAGCCCCCUCUCCAGUGACGAGGAGCAGCAAAGGAUGCUGGGAAACAAUAGACAUCUAUAUCCUGGGGCAGAGGAGGAGGAAGAGGAGGAGGAAGAUGAAGAAGAGGAGGGUGAGGAAGAUGACCGUGAUGCAGAGGGAGGAGAUGGGGAGAAUGGAGAGCUGGUGGGAGAAGAGGAGGAAGAGGAAGUGGAGGAAGUCAGGCGAGGAGGAGGCAUGUCGCGAGGAGGCAGGGAUGAGGGGCACAGGCAAUUAGGCAAAAUGACUGGACGACCCGCAGGAGACAGACAGAUACGACCCGGCAACAUUGGGCACACAGUAAACCCUUAUUCGUCCAACCAUGGACCCACCCAUCAACAGCCAGCCAAUCAGCAGCAGCAGCAGAAGAGGCUGAGAGAGCAUAGCUCCAGCAGGGCGCCGUCAGAGGACGCCCACAUCGCCAUGAUGGUGUUCCGCAUCGGCAUCCCCGACAUCAAACAGACGAAGUGUUUGCGGUUCAACCCGGAUGCGACCGUUUGGAAGGCCAAGCAGCAGGUGCUAUGUUCUCUGACCGAUUCGUUGCGGGAUGUGUUGAACUACGGCUUGUUCCAACCAGCCACCGAAGGCCAUGACGCCAAGUUCCUGGAGGAGGAGAAGAUGCUGAGAGAGUACCCACAAUCCUUUGAGAAGGGGGUACCAUAUCUGGAGUUUCGUUACAAGACCAGAGUGUACAAACAGACCAAUCUAGAUGAGAAACAGCUGGCUAAACUGCACACUAAGGCCAGUCUGAAGAAGUUCAUGGACUAUAUCCAAAGUGGCUCUGUGGACAAGAUGGCCAAGUUCUUGGACAAAGGGCUUGACCCCAACUACCAGGACCCUGACACGGGAGAAACCCCCCUGACGUUGGCGGUGCAAUGUGAGCCGGGGGGAGGGGAGGCCAUACGGGGGCUGGUGCUGGGAGGGGCUCAUCUCGAUUUCAGGUCCAAGGACGGACUCACACCUCUGCACAAGGCUGUCCGCAGCCACUGCCACACAGCCUUGCUGACCUUGCUGUCUCUGGGUGCGUCUCCAGACUAUAAGGACCGGCGGGGGCUGACUCCCCUCUACCACACUGUGCUGACAGGGGGCGACACCUCCUGCUGUGAGACGCUGCUCCACCACCGCGCCAAGCUGGCCGUCAGGGACGAGAACGGCUGGGAUGAGACACACCAUGCCUGUCAGAAUGGCAACGCCCAGCAUCUGGAGCACCCUUUUUACGGGGCAGACUCUACUUCCCAGAAUGCCUCAGGAAACACUGCCUUGCACGUUUGUGCUUUAUACAACAAGGACAGCUGUGCACGAAUUCUACUUUACAGGGGAGCCAAUAAAGACACAAAGAAUAACAGUGGGCAGAACCCAUUUCAGGUGGCUGUCAUGUCCGGCCAUUUUGAGCUAGGAGAGAUUAUCAAAAACCACCGGGACACAUAUGUAGUACCUUUUCUUGAGUCUCCCAAAUACGCCCCUCAGAGGCGAGAGAGUGCACCGCGCACCCUGGCGCUGCCCCACCCUCACCCCUUCCUGCGUGCCAACAGUGAUAACAGUAUGAACCUGCCUGACUGGAUGGCACUGCCCAAUACACCAGGCUCCAACAUAGUGUCUGUACAGGGCUAUAAGCAUUCAGGUACCAUGCGUAGCUCCAGUAGUCCCCGUGGGGCGCGGACUCGCUCCCCGUCCCGAGGGAGAGCAGGGGAUAAGGAGGACAGGAGUCGGCAGAGUCGGAGGCAGGGAGGAGCUGUCAGCAGCAAUACGGUUACGGCAGCAGGGGGCCAGCGGAGGCGUCUCUACAGCGCCGUCCCAGGACGUGUGUUUGUGGCCACGCGUUCCCACUCCGCCCAGGGAGACAGAGAGAUUAGCAUCAGCAAGGGAGACAAAGUCAAAGUGCUGAGUGUGGGCGAGGGAGGGUUCUGGGAGGGCACGGUUAAGGGACGGACCGGCUGGUUCCCCUCAGACUGUGUAGAGGAAGUGGCAGUCCGUAGCCAGGACAACCGCUCAGAGAGCCGCAGUGAGAAAGCCAAGAGACUGUUCCGCCAUUACACCGUGGGCUCCUACGACAGCUUCGACGCUCCCAGUGACUAUAUCAUCAAGGAGAAGACAGUGCUUCUGCAGAAAAAAGACAGUGAGGGUUUUGGCUUUGUGCUGAGAGGAGCCAAGGCUCAGACCCCCAUCGAAGAGUUCACUCCCACCCCAGCCUUCCCAGCACUGCAGUACCUGGAGUCUGUCGACGAAGGAGGCGUGGCCUGGAGAGCCGGUCUGAGAAUGGGAGACUUCCUCAUUGAGGUGAAUGGUCAGAAUGUGGUGAAGGUGGGACACAGGCAGGUGGUCAACAUGAUCAGGCAAGGUGGAAACGCCCUCAUGGUCAAGGUUGUCAUGGUGACACGCAACCCUGACAUGGAGGAUGGCCAGAGAAAGAAAAUCCCCCAGCAGAGUAAAAGACUAAGCACUCCGGCCAUCGCUCUCCGCUCUAAAUCCAUGACCUCAGAACUGGAGGAGAUGGUGGAGAGAGCUGCUACCCCCUGGAAAAAAAAAUCAGAAUUCGAGUCUUCACAAGUUACAGAGAAGAAGAGGACAGUCUAUCAGAUGGCUUUGAAUAAGCUAGAUGAGAUCCUGGCAGCAGCUCAGCAGACAAUCAGCACCAAUGAGGGGCAAGGGACGCGGGGUCAGGGGGCAAGGAGAGACAGGAGCCGGGGCUCCUUUUACGCCAAUGAGCCAAAUUACGACCAGUCAGAAAUGGGGAUGACCGGGCUGGGCUAUGACCGCUCCCAGUUCACAUCAGGCCACGCCCCUCCACACGGUAUGCUGCGACAGAAAUCCAUCGGGGUGACUGAAGAGGAGAAGUCCCAUCUCAAUCCUCCGGCCAUGAAGUUUGCCCGAAGUCUCUCGGUUCCCGGCCCAGAUGACAUCCCCCCGCCCCCCACCACCGCCCCACCAGACCCCCCCUUCUCCUCCGCCCCACCGCUGGGCUGGAGAGGGGGCAAGUCUUCCCAGCAGCCCUCUGUGGCCGUGUCCCAGUCCACCUCCACAGCAGCCCACUACCAGCUCUACUCUCAGUCUGUGCACUUCACCCAAGGGGGCCGCGAAAGGGCAGGGGGGCCCAGUACUGGCGCUGGAGGAGGAGGGGUGGACCACACGCACCAGUACUCUAAUGCCCCCGCCCACGCCGCUCAGAGCAGGACUGCCUCUAGGAAAGGGGGCUACCCAGGGGAGCCUGUUGGAUCAGGAGGGGGAGGAGGAGUGGGGGGCGGCAAGGCUGCAGGUCUAAGGAGGGGCUACAGUAACGCCGCCCCACCUUCAGGCAGUGCCACAGUGAUGCCCCAGCAGCAGCAGACCACCCAGAGCCAGCCACAGAGGGCAGCUGGUGGGGCUGGAGAGGGAGUACCUAAAGGAGCGGGGGUGCGGAGAGGGAAGGGCCCUCUGGUAAAGCAGUCCAAGGUGGAUGACCUGCGGGCUGGCCAGGGCACGCUGGGGGGCAAGGCCCCAGUGGAGAAGAGCUCCAUCCCCAUCCCCACCAUCAUAGUCAAGGCCCCCUCCAUCAGCAGUGGCAGUGGCCGCAGCAGCCAGGGCAGCAGUGUGGAGGCUGAGCCCACCCCCCCAGGGGAGACCGACAGAACCCAACCCCCCCAGGGACCCCCUUCCACCCCAGCCCCGCAACCCCCUGCUCCUCCCUCCAUCCCGGCCCCUCCACCACCCUCCUUCCGAGGCCAGGAUAGUGACUUCACCAGCCAGUUUGGGGCGGCCAUCGUGGGCGCAGCCCGCCGGGACAGGGAACGCUUCCAUGAGGCCCGCAGGAAGAGCGCCUCCAUCUUCAUGUCUGCCGAGGAGGAGGUGGGGCCAGGGGGAGGAGGAGGAGGAGCAGGGGGGGCAGGCAGGACACAGACCUCUCAGCAGCAGCAGCAGUUCAGCCCCCAGUCCGGUGGCCCCCCCCCACGCCUCCGGCCCUCCAAGUCCAUCGACGAGGGCAUGUUCUCUGGGGACACCUUCAUCCACCACACCCGCAGCAUGCCCCCUGCCUUCGGCCUGCCAGAGUACUCCUCCCCGGCUCCAGACUACCAGCCCAAGUCUGUUCCGGCUGACUUCUACGGGGCGUCAAGCCGGCAGCAGGUCCCCUCUGGCACCACCUUCAUCCACCCCCUGACAGGAAAGGUCCUGGACCCCUCGUCCCCCCUGGGUCUGGCCCUGGCUGCCAGGGAGCGGGCCCUGAAGGACGACGGCAGGAUGAGGAGGGAGAGAGGGACCGAGCACCAGUUUGUACGACAGAUGUCCAGUGUGGUGACAUUCCCCUCCCAGGCCACCUCCCCCACACCGGCUUCCUCAGCCACCCAUUCCUCCAGCUCAUCCUACCUGGUCACCUCCUCAUCCCUAGCCGCCACCACCUCCUCCACCAGCCGCCCCCCCUCCCCCAGGAUCCUCAGGGGUGCAGGCUGGGGCGAGGAGGGGGGAGGAGGGGAGCGGGAGAGGGAGGGUGGAGGGGCCAGAGAGGGGCUGAGGGUGCGCUUCUCUGAGGACAAAACAGUCCACACACAUCACUACCAGUCCCAGCACUACCAACCCUCCUACAGGGAGGAAAGACAGAGGGAGAGGUCGAGAGAGAGGGAGAGGUCAAGAGAGAGGGAGAGGUCGAGAGAAAGGGAGCGGGACAGAGAGGGGUACAUGAGGCAGCAGACAGCCCCUACCCAGCAGCCCCCUCAGCUGUUGUCCCAGCAGCCUCGCCAGGCCUCAUUUCUGAGGAUGGAGAGUGAGAAAGGCUACAUCCUGUCUCUCACCCCUCCAUCUCCCCCCGCUAAAGCCGCCCCGUCUCACCCUCAGGGGGGAGGGGGUUCCGGGGGCAGUGGCCUCAUGGUUCUGCCGCCCCCUGCCCCCUCUGUAGAUGUGGAUGAUGAGUUUGUGUUUGCGGACCCACUGCCCCCUCCGCUGGAGUUUGCCAACAGCUUUGACCGGGGUGGAAUGUCAGGUUACACACACCGUGCCAUUAUCAACAACCUGGCCUCCCGCCAGCAGCAGCCCCCACCACCUCCCCCUCCUCCCCCACCACCCCCUCCAAAAGACAUGUUUAUCAGUGGGUUCCCGGCCCACACCCCCCUACCCUCCCCACAGGCGGGGGACUCUACCACCUCCAGCCUUACCUCCUAUGACAGUGAGGUGGCCAACCUGACCCAGUCAGGAAAUUCCCCCACUCAGACAUCACCCAACCCCCUUCCUCCACCCUCACCCUCUGGCCUCCAGCCCACAGGACCCCCGCCUCCUCCCUCUGUCUCCCCCCCACCCCCACCCAGCUCCUUUCACAGACCCUCCCUUGCCAUGACCCACUCUCACCACCUCUACAACAGCACGCACACCGGGCGCUCCUCUCCUUCCCAUGGGCGUUCCUCCCCCACUCCUCCCAAAGGUCGCUUCUCCCCCACCCAGGGUCGCUCCUCCCCCACCCAGGCUCGCCCCUCCACCAUCCAUAGGAGCUCGUCCCCCACCCCUCCUCCCCACUCCAUUGCAGGUUCCCCAUCCUACCGUGGUCCCCCUCCCAUCUCCUCCACCGCAGCCUCCUCUGGCCCCUUCCGGGGCUCUGCAGCCCUGACCUCCACCGCUCCCUGUACCACGACCACCACCACCACCACCGCUGCCACCACCACGAGGACCUCAGUCCAGCCCCACCAGGACAGGACACACCCAGCCCCCUCUGGUUCUACAGCGGCCGGCCGCAGGAUAGGGGAGCACCACCCUCACCCCACAGCCAAGGCAGGGGAGUACCAGGAGACGGUGGUGGACUCUGGGAUAGAGGAGCUGGACAGCCGCAGCAGCAGUGACCACCACCUGGACAACAUCCUGGCCAUGAGCGGAGGAGCCAGAGAGAGGCUGGAAGAGAGGCUGGAGAGAGGGAGGGAGGGAGGAGGAGGAGGAGGGGAGGGAGACAGGGCGGGAGGAGCAGACCUCCUGGAGUCGUACAUGAGCUACCUGGACGGACAGACGUUUGACAUGCACAACGCCACAGCCGCCGUCUCCACCUACCCCAAAUCAGGCAGGUUCAGGGAGGGGGGCCGCGCAGCCGAACUACGCAGAGAGACCGGUACCGCCCCGCCCUCCUUCCAGUCACACAGACGGAGGGAGGAAGAGGAAGAGGAGGAGGAGGGCGAGGAAGAAGAGGAGGAGGACGAUGGAGGACGGGAGGGUUAUGGGAUGACACAGAAUUUGGGGCGUCCCACGUCACCCUACUUUGACCGGCCCCGGACCCCUGAGAUGAAGCCUCUGUGGGGGUCAGAGGGUCAGUUAGUAGGGGACCAGGGGACCUACCUGGAGGGCCGGAGGCUGUACCCCCCCAUAUCCAGCAUGAAGGCUAGCAUCAUCAAUGAGCUCAGCAACAAACUGCAGCAGAGAGGGAGCCAGAGAUCACUAAGUAGACACAGGUUUUCAGAAGACUCCGCCUCGGCCCUGAGCCCCCCCUCAGUUCGUUCCCUGUCCCCCUCCCCUAUCCACCACUCCCAGCCCGCCCUGUCCCUGUCCCCCACCCCUUCCUCCCAGUACCCCAACUGGAACCGUCCCCCGUCCCCCCAGCCCCCUGUGGCUGCCGUACAGCCCCCUCCACGCUCCCACUCCCCCCUGUCCUCCCCCACCUACUCCCCUUAUCCCACCUCCCCUAAACACCGGCCUGUGUAUCGCACCAAAGCCCUGGAGUUCCAGUUCAUUCCAAGUAGAGAGUCCAGGAAGGCAGAGUCCCACCACCUGCAGCGUAGGAGAGCCCCCAGUCCCCUCAUCUCCCCCUCAGAGAGGCCCAAACUGGGUCCCCCCCGCCCCUCCUCCCUCCCCCUCCUCCCCACCACACCCCUCUACAGCAGCCUCUACGAGCUUCGCGGCUCUAUGACCCCGCCCUCGCCCGCUAACCACAUGGGGGACCCCUACUUCUCCCCCUCCCCUCCUCUCUUCGCCCCCUCUGGCGCCCCUCCUCCCCCAAAUGCCUCCCUGUUGGUGUCUCGCUCCCUCUCCCCCACACACUUUUUAUCUGGUAGCUCAUCCCCUCCCCUGCACCCUCUCCCCGCUCCCCCCUGCCUGAGCUACCCCCACCUCCCUCCCCCAUCCCCCUCCAAGCCCUUUGCCUCCAAGCCACUGCCUUAUUGGACCAAAUACGACGUGGCUGAUUGGCUGGGAUACCUGAACCUGGGCGAGCACAGAGAGCAUUUCCUGGACAACGAGAUCGACGGCACUCACCUGCCCUCCCUCACCAAGGAGGACUAUCUGGACCUGGGGGUGACGCGUGUCGGACACCGCAUGAACAUCGACCGAGCUCUGAAGAGAGUGACUGACAGGCUCUCCAGCUCUCCUUUUCCCAUUUCUGCUCUGUCACCACGAGGAAGAAGGGAUGAUGGGAGUCGGAGCUGAGAAGACAAACAGAAAGAGAAAGGAGGGGGGAUGGAGUCAGUGAGGGAACAGGAGAGAGAGAGGCCACAACUGCUGCUAUCCAUGAUGGAUUCACACAACAAAAGCAGAGGACCUGAUUUCACCCAGAGGGAGGACCGAUCAGGAAAAGAGAGGGGAAAUGAGGGAUGGAACAAGGGCUGACCAAUGCCUGGUAAUCAGGGCCUGGUAGCUGACUCACACAGAUACACUCACAUGCACACAAAUACAGUAACACACACAAGCACUGACUCUACUGUCAACACACACACAAACACUACGAGGAUGGAAUGACUGAAUGUAGAUUGAGGCAACAAAUAACAAUAGGAGUAAAAUAGUGACAAAACUUAGCCCAAAAUAUUGAGAGAAACAAUCAAAUGUUGUUUAGCUUUUUCAUCUGAGCAGUUCUUAGUGUUGUUGGGGAAAGAGAGAAUGAGGAUUGUCCUCAUUAUUAACACUAGUUAGUGCUUUCUCCACCUGUCUUCUCUGGGUAGCUGUAGUUCCUCCUCUCUACCCUAGGGUUAGGUAGCUCCUCCUCUCUACCCUAGGGUUAGGUAGCCCCUCCUCUUUACCCUUGGGUUAGGUUAGGUAGCUCCUCCCCUCUACCCUAGGGUUAGGGUUUGGUAGCUCCUCAUCCCUACCUUAGGGUUAGGUAGCCCC